AUGAGUCAGGUGUAUGAAGGGUACGAAAGGCAGUACUGUGAGCUGUCGGCAAAUUUGUCGAGAAAAUGCAAUUCCGCCGCUGCUCUUCCAGAUGGAGAGAUAAAGAAACAAGAGAUAUCUGAAUUACAGGCUGGAUUAGAUGAUGCUGAUGUUUUGAUUCGGAAAAUGGACCUUGAGGCUAGAAGUUUGCAGCCGAGUGUGAAAGCCACUUUGCUUGCUAAGCUACGGGAAUAUAAAUCUGAUCUGAAUAAGCUGAAAAGAGAGGUGAAGAAACUGACGAUGCCCAGUUCCAAUCAGCCUGCUCAUGAAGAUUUGUUAGAAUCUGGAAUGGCUGGCUCACACAAAGCCUCGGGGAGUCAGAGGGAUAGAUUGAUGAUGACAACUGAGAGGCUGAAUGAAUCGACUGACAGAUUGCGGGAGACUCGGAGGGCAGCUCUGGAAACAGAAGAGCUUGGGGUCUCAAUCCUUGAAGAUCUUCAUCAGCAGCGUGAAACUCUUUUGCAUUCCCACAAGAAGUUGUCUGAUGUGGACAGCGCCAUUGAUAAAAGUAAAAAGGUACUAACGUCGAUGAGUAGAAGGAUGAGCAGGAACAAGUGGAUCGUGGGUUCUGUAAUUGCUGCACUCGUGUUGGCAAUUAUUGUGAUCCUUUACUUUAAAAUUUUUCACUGA